CCCUCAGGCUGUGGCGCCUGCGCCCCGCUCAGUUCUCGGGGGCGGGGCGGCCAUGGCGUCGGGUUGCCGGAUCGGCCCGUCCAUCCUCAACAGCGACCUGGCGGCGCUGGGCGCCGAGUGCGGCCGCAUGCUGGACUCCGGGGCGGACUAUCUGCACCUGGACGUGAUGGACGGGCACUUUGUUCCGAACAUCACAUUUGGACACCCUGUAGUAGAGAGCCUUCGAAAGCAGCUGGGUCAGGAUCCUUUCUUCGAUAUGCACAUGAUGGUUGCCAAGCCAGAGCAGUGGGUGAAACCAAUGGCUGUAGCAGGUGCAAACCAGUACACUUUUCACCUAGAGGCUACAGACAAUCCAGGGGCACUGAUUAAAGAUAUUCGGGAAAAUGGGAUGAAGGUUGGCUUGGCCAUCAAACCUGGAACUGUAGUUGAAUAUUUAGCACCAUGGGCCAAUCAGAUAGACAUGGCUUUGGUGAUGACAGUGGAACCGGGAUUUGGAGGGCAGAAGUUCAUGGAAGACAUGAUGCCAAAGAUUCAGUGGCUGAGGACACAGUUUCCUUCCUUGGAUAUUGAAGUGGAUGGUGGUGUGGGGCCAGACACCAUCCAUAAAUGUGCAGAGGAUAUUGGAUGAUUCAGACUUCAUUACUAAGUCAGUAUUCCUCACCUGUAGUUCUCCUGGGUCCUGCAUGCAGGGAGUUCACAUGACUGAUGCCCAGAUCCCAGGAUUGCUCCUCACACUGCCAAACAGAUCAGACAAGAGCAGGAGGCACUGAACAAUCUAUAAAGUUGUAUGAUGGGAGCUAGCAGGAUCUGAGCUGCUCCUAUCUUCACUUUGAAGGAGUAGGGGAAUGGAGAAGAAAAGAGCCUCACCUCAGACUGCUCUCCAAUUCACAUUCCCAGCAGCAGCCAGAAGACAAGGGAGAGAGAAAUGAGAAAUACCCCAUUCCACUCAGAAACUAGGAAGAAGGGAUAAUAGAGGGGGAAACCACAGUCUCACAGCCAGUUAUCCAAUGCAUCAUCAUCAUGUACUAAUGCAACAUUAACAAAUGCAACAGCAAGGCUUUGUACCAUUACUACUUUGUGGCUCCCACAAAGCCAUUAAAAGAUCAUACAGGUCUUCAGCUCUUAAAAGUACAUACCACUAAUUUGAUGUUACAGACCUGUGAAGGGAAUCUAAAUACUUCUAUUGCUAAUCAAAUUCAGACUACACACAUUGUAUGGAAAUAACUUUUAAUUAAAAAAACCUAGCAUUGAAGAUUAUUGUAUCAGACACUGAGGCAAAAUUUGAGUUUAAUUUGCUGGACAAACCAGUGUUAAAAAAAGAUUUAAAAUAAAUCAGAAUGUGCAAUAAACUA